AUGGCACCAUUGUUUUUACCCGAAUCUGCAAGAUGGCUGAUAUCAAGGGGCAAGACGGAAAAGGCCGAAAAGAUUCUUCGUAAAGCUGCGGAAGUGAAUAAAGUGGAACUUCCGGUUAAACUGAUGGUUGUUAGUAUGGUUUACUAUGGUCUUGGUUUAAAUGUUGGUAAUCUUGGUGGCGACAUCUACGUCAAUUUCACAGUUGCUAACAUCGUAGAGCUUAUUUCGUAUAUAUUAUGUAUUUUAUUACUGGAUAGAUGGGGUAGAAAAGCUCUACAUUGUACGACCUACGAAUGGAUAACUAUAACAUUAUCAAUGAUUGGUAAACUUGGAGCAUCAGCAGCCUUUGCUAUCAUUUAUAUCUUCUCCGCCGAACUGUUCCCAACAAUUACCAGAAACUCUGCCAUGGGAGCCAGUUCGUUCUUCGCUCGUAUUGGAGGAAUGCUGUGUCCGUAUAUUGCAGAUUUAGGUGAUUUUGGUACUGCUCUACCACUGUUGGUAUUUGGUGGAGCUUCUGUGGCUGCUGGUCUCUUAUCUCUUUUACUACCAGAAACAUUGAACCAGACUUUACCAGAGACUAUUGAAGAUGCUAAACAAUUUGGAAAGAAAAAUAAGAAAUCGAAAUACCACGUGAACGUGAAUCAAGAAGAUGCGGGGCAAGGGAAAUACGAAUUACAAUCAAAGUUUUAAUAUUUGGGAAAUACAUUCUAAGGGCAGACAACUCAAGUAAUGCCACCAAUACUAAUCCUAGUUAUAAAUCUAUCUCAAAAUUACGCCAAAAAUAAAAUAUGCAGUUUGAACAAGCCUAAUCUUAAUUAUUGAUAAUAACAAGACUUCGCUUUUUCACAAUCUGAUUGGCUGCUACCAGAGUCUAUGGAAGUGUUGCGUUCUUGUUGUGGAAUAAUUUACAGGCAAUUGUGUAUUGUUCUUCUUCAUUAUCACAGAUUGGUUGUUUCAAGUCUUCAUGAAGCUGAUCCAUAAAACAUCGUAAAAACUCUUAUUUGUCCUAAGAACCUCAGAAAACAUUUGAAAUGAAAAACAAUAAUUUUUGUA